AUGUAUGGUGGAGUUAAAGUGACCCUCUGGGCAAUGACAGGCCUGCUGGCUGUCACCACUGUCUUCUUUAACGUCUACAUCCUGCUCAUGAGUCUGUGGAACUACAAGCAGAACAAGAAGUGGAGUCCUAGUGAGACAAUCAUCCUGGCUCUGUCCAUUGCAAACAUGGCUCAUCAGCUGAUCUGCUACUUCUGGAUGACCAUGGCUGAGGUGGACAACAUGUGUCGCAUCAUCCAGUUGCCUUACACCAUCAUGCUGCUGGUGGUCUACAGCCUCAAGUUCACCAUCAUGUGGGACACCAGCUUCCUCACCUUUUACUACAGCACCAAGCUGGUGAACACUCCCAACCACUGCUACUCACACAUCCAGGACGUCAUCAUCAAACAUAUCACCCUGGCCGUGUUUCUCAUCCCUCUGAGCGGAUUGGGAACAUGCAUGCCCAUGAUGGUGGUGUUUCACCCCGACAACAACCACACCGCAGCCAAUCAGGACUGCGGGGUGAUAAUGCCCGACACCUUUGCAGGUAAAGUCUAUGAAGCCCUUUAUCUGAUCCUCUCCGACGUCCUGCCAGGGUUACUCAUGAUGAAAUGCUGCAUCUCCAUCUCCGUGCACUUGGCCAUCCACCUGCGCCACAUGAAGGCCAGCACCAACGGAGCUCAUGCCCCAAAGCUGGGCUCUCAGAUGAGGGUGAUCCGCAUGGCUCUGUCCUUAGUCGCCGUGUUUAUUCUCUUCCUCGUCAUCGACCUCUACGUCAACUACGAGAUUGCUGUAAAUCACGAGAACAUCAUCAUGCUCACGUUCUUCUUCACAUCUAUAUACACCACUGUCGCCGCCAUGGUGCUGAUCUAUGGGAAGAAGCCUUUAUGGAAAGCUCUCAUACGUGAAUUCAACGUCUGCAUGGAUGAAUAUCCGUGUUUGGCGUGUUUGAAGGUGCCGGAACAGAAGACCAAAGCAAUCACUCCUCCAAAAGUUAAAAACUGA